UUCCCCCCCAGUAGUGAAAUAGCAAGCAGCAGCGGCAGUACUGUGUGAAUGUGGCAAUCGAGGUAGACAGGGAGGGGUGGAAAUACUGACCGGGUGGCUCUAUUUUCUGGGGUCCCGUUUUUCUUUAUUUUUCGUUUCUUGUAGAGCCAAGUCAUCACGGUUGAUACUACGCCACGGUUAGGAACUUGUUUGCGGGGCUGUAGAGCCGGUUGCUCCUUUUCUUCGGGAGUAAGUGCUGUCGUUGUGGUAACAGUCAAGAAGAAAGAAGGGAAGGCAGAAACAACAUGGGGCGAUAAUAAAAAAUGUGUCGUGUAGCGGACCGACGAUGACUCUCUGGGAAGACCCGUGAAGCCUAUUUAUUUUUAUUUAUUACCCAUUUUUGCCCCUUCCCCCUGUAUCCUCUUUUGUAUAAUUUCCCCCUUCCCACUUUGUUAGUUUGAGAGAUUUUUAAAGGAAAAGGAAACAUUAAAAGAGGACUGAAGGAUGGACCAAGCCGGCAUCCUGAGAAACUUUAUCCAGAGGGUGAAGGCCAUGAGCGAAUUGGACGAGGACAGGGGAGAGGACAACUUCGGCAGCGACUUCAUGCGGUUGCGGCGGUUAUCAACUAAGUACCGAACGGAGAAGAUCUACCCCACCAACGUAGGAGAGAGGGAAGAGAAUGUGAAGAAGAACAGAUACAAAGAUAUACUGCCAUUUGACCAUACUAGAGUAAAGCUGACAUUGAAAACAACCAAUCAGGACACAGAUUACGUCAAUGCAAACUUUAUUAAGGGUGUUGAUGGCCCAAAAGCCUACAUCGCAACUCAAGGUCCACUCCCAAACACAGUCAUCGACUUCUGGAGGAUGAACUGGGAGUACAGCGUCGCCGUUAUUGUAAUGGCUUGUCGGGAAUUUGAGAUGGGAAGGAAAAAAUGUGAGCGGUAUUUUCCAUCCCGAGACGAGGAGCCCUUGAGUUUCGGCCCUUUCAGAAUCUCAUGUGAAUCAGAGCAGCAAAGAAUGGACUACUUUAUCAGGACUUUGAUGGUGCAGUAUAACGAUGAAACACGGAAGAUAUCUCAGUUCCAUUAUAUCAACUGGCCAGAUCACGACGUCCCGUCGUCAUUUGACUCCAUAUUGGAUAUGAUCGGACUAAUGAGGGAAUACCAGGAGAACGAUGACGUUCCUAUUUGUGUGCACUGCAGUGCAGGUUGUGGGAGGACGGGUGCUAUUUGUGCUAUUGACUACACGUGGAACCUCCUCAAAGUUGGGAAAAUUCCAGAGGACUUUAAUGUUUUCCGGUUGAUCCAAGAGAUGAGGACCCAGCGACAUUCUGCUGUUCAAACAAAGGAGCAGUAUGAGUUAGUCCACAGAGCAAUUGCUCAGCUGUUCGAGAAACAACUGCAACUUCUGGAGAGCCCCACCAACGUGCAGAUACACGAUGGCAUGAACGAAAGCAGUCCCGACAAAACAAGCAUUCAGUCCGAUGAUGAACGGUGGGACACACCACCUCCAAAACCUCCUCGCGUUCGCAGUUCCCAGGUGGAAGGUGACGUGAAGGAGGAGAUUCUCCAGCCCCCUGAGGCUCAUCCUGUCCCCCCUAUUCUCACCCCAUCUCCCCCAUCUGCGUUCCCCACUGUCACCAAUGUACGGCAGGAUAAUGACCGCUACCACCCUAAGCCUGUCAUACAUGUCCUGGAUACAACACAGCGCAGCCUAAAAGAGAAGGAAGAUGAGAACAAGCAGCGGAACCAGUCUGAAUCCAGUCUAAUGAAACAAGUCAGUCCCUCAGAGCCAAGAGAUCUAAAUGUACAAAGCCAGAAUCAGCAGACUCAGGUCUCACAACUGGAUCUCAACGACAACUACAACAACAAAUCCUCGUCAACAUCGACAAAGUCCGAAUCGGGCCAAAGCCAGACUCAGACAACCUUCUCUCACCUCUCCCCAUCUGUUGAAUCCUGUGGUGCCCCUCGGCUCGAGAGGAAGCUCAGCAUAGAGAUUAAAAAGGUGCCGUUGCAGGAAGGACCUCGUAGCUUCGACACUUCCUCCUCCAUGGGAGGCAACAAUUCAACUAACAGUAGCUCCAUGCUGCAAAGAAGCCACGCCUUCAAAGCCCGUUCUGCUCAAACCCUGCUGACGUCGAGCUCUUCACUGUCGGAGGACUCCGGCACGGAGGGAGGAGCAGGCGGAUGUGCGGAGGGCCACUCUGACGAGGGCGUCCUAAUCAGACCAAACCACCUUCCUGUGACGAGUGAAGACAAGGACAAGACACAAGAAAUGAAAUCUGGCCACGCAGCAUGGACACAUUCCUGCAACAGCCCAGAAAAACCUUUUCCCAAGACCUCCUCUUCCUCCUCUUCCUCAGACAGAGCCGCUCCAUCCUCCUCCUCCUCGUUCCACAUAUCCUCCUCCUCAUCAUCAUCCUCCUCCUCCUCUACUCCUGUCAGGACUGCCCUCAGUUUCACCAACCCCCUGCACUCUGAUAACUCAGAUGAGGAGGGGAAUGAGGAGAUACCCGAGGUGAAGGAGAGUUAUCAUAAAAACAUCUCCACCGCCACAGCCACUGUGACCGCCUUGCCUCGCCUCGAAGACCAUCAGUCGGUCAGAAAGGUGCUGCCCCUGUCAAUCGCUGGGCAGACCACCCCAUCACCCUCUGCAAGCCCUGCAAACUGCUGGGACAGCGACGACUCCCCUCCCCCCCUCCCUGAGAGAACCCCUGAGUCCUUCAUGCUGGCCACAGAUCCUCUGGAGGUGAGAACAUCAGCCUCAGCUGAAUGGAGCUGCUCACAAAAAGAUGUUUCUGAUGGUGCUAAGACAUCUCCAGUUGUAUCUGUGUCAGAUGGCAGCCCAGCAGGAGUUAGCCAAGUAGACCUGGGUGGGGUUCGGUAACCGCUGCCUUCAGCCCAAAGGCCCUCAAGAUCCCCCUGUGGAGUGGACAUGAUGGAACGAUCCAUCCACCAUCAGCGUCUUUCCUUAUCAGGAUAUGGACUCUUGACUGGUUGACCCAAAACGCAGGCUGACACACAGAAAACAAAAGAAGCUGGUUUAGAGACUUUUAUUCCUGAGAUUUUCCUCCUCACAUUGUUGACCUGACUGUAGUUGCUGACCUGGGAUCUCUUUUAGUAAAAGGGUUAAGGAUAUCUUUUGUGGGGCUGGGGGGAUUAAUAGUGGGCGAAAAGAAGAACCAUGUUUCCUCUAUGACUCUUCGAAACAUAACGCUUUUUUUUUUUUUUUUACACUAAAUGAAGAGUGAUCUAAGAGUGACUCCUAAAAUUGUUUCAAGCCAAAUGAGAAGAAAGCGACAUUAACAGGAAAAGCUGGAGAGUUGGGAAGCAGAUUUCUGUCCCCGAGGUGGUUUUGCUGCCUCCUGCUGAGCGAACAAUCUUCAAAGCGAACUUAGAUAAUCUUGUACUCAUGAUGCAACCUUUUCAGUUGGGUAUGCAGAGGUUGUCUGGGUACUUUCUCUGACUUCUUUUGUAUUUCUGUCUCUCUAUGUCUCUUCUUUCUGGUGCUACUUCAUAAAAGAUCAACAGAUACUGGUGUGUUGUAGCUACUGAGUUCCCAUCAUUCAAUGACAUUUCUGUUGGGUUCUAUUUUCCAUUUUUAUUCCCUUUUGUAUAUGCUAACAGGAUUUGGUAAUUACUGUGUUGAAAAAUGACUCCCGUUCAGCUUCUUUCAGAGAGUUUGAUUUUUUUUUUCCCUAAAUAUGCCGUGAAGUCACCAAUUGGUGAUUAUUAGUUUUCAUUUGAUUAAAGAUUUUUCCUACAGUGUCUCAGAAACACAAGUACAGAAAUUGCUUUUUCUUUGCUGAAUAUGUUGCACCAAUUGGCCUGACAGCACAACCUAAUUAUGCAGCUGAAGGCAGGGAUAUAAAAAUGGAGCUUUGGGUUGCAAAAUCGACGGGAAUUAAUCAGUUUCAAAGAAUUGUGUUUAAGACAGUAGAACAUUUAAAAUAAGCCAUUUGUAAAAUUGAAAGAUCCAUUAUUUAUUUAUUAUGACUUAAAAUCUGAAAAUCUUUUUUUUUUUUUUUUUGGUCUGGGGACAUCAAGGAUAAAUUGCCAAACUCUUUGGCAUAACGACUCUGACUCUAACCAUCGGGACCAUGACAGAAGACAGACCGUCCCGGUCCUUCAUUUUCAUUUUUCUUCCCCUUUGAGUUUCUGCCUUUUUUUGGUCUUUAUGGAAUUUACAACCACCCCCCUGGUAAAGAUGUGUCAAAAGCCUAAAAAGAAAUGAAUAUUUAAUUGCAGAAGCAUAAUCCUAGAUUUUUCCUUAAAAAUAUCUGGAAUGAAUUCAUAUUAAUAGAAAACCUUUUAGUUGUUUUGCACAGGAUCCAAGGAUCUUCGGAAGAGAAACAUGCAAACAGCAUCACAGAUCCACCACUGUACUUUACAGUAUGCAUAAAAUGCUUGGAAAUGCCUAAUAUUAGUGCUGUCCUGACCAGAAUGCACAGCUUCAGUUAAAGUCCCUGUACAGGAUUACUAUUUAGGAGUUAAUAGCAACUCUUAAUUGGUACCAAUAAUCAUCCCUUAAAAUGCAUUUGCUGAAAUUAUAUGUUGGAUUUUUCAAACAUUUUUCUCUGUAAGAAAUUCUGUUUCUCCAAUAAAAGACAAAUAUUUUA